AUGGGUGCAGAGAAGAAGGGUGAUGCCCUUCUGGUAGCUGCGGUGAUUGAGGAAUGUGGUGGCUUUUGGGCGCGGCGGAACGGGAGCCGUCUGCCCUGGCGCCGGGCGGCCGCGGCCGUGGCGUACGCCUGUCUGUUCAAGUACAUUAUCAUCGGCGACACAGGCGUUGGUAAAUCAUGCUUAUUGCUACAGUUUACAGACAAGAGGUUUCAGCCAGUGCAUGACCUUACUAUUGGUGUAGAGUUCGGUGCUCGAAUGAAAACUAUUGAUGGGAAACAGAUAAAACUUCAGAUUUGGGGUACAGCAGGUCAGGAGUCCUUUCGUUCCAUCACAAGGUCGUAUUACAGAGGUGCAGCAGGGACUUUACUAGUGUAUGAUAUUAUAAGGAGAGACACAUUCAACCACUUGACAACCUGGUUAGAGUAUGCCCGCCAGCAUUCCAAUUCCAACAUGGUCAUUAUGCUUACUGGAAAUAAAAGUGAUUUAUGUAAGGCCAACUGGCCCGAGGCAGGGGAACGCAAUCAGACUCCCAGGUUGAAACUGACCUGGAGACUUUCCGGACCACCCAGUUCCGGAAACUGACCUGGGGACUUUCCACCCGGCCCAGCCUUCCCGCCUUUCGAGGGGCGGGACUAACGGUCCCCCAAGAUACCCGAAAAGACCACCAAAUAAGGAAUACCCUGCGCCCUCCCGGAUUCACCACACCCCUUUCCCUUCUUCCCCUAUAAAUUCUGCCCAAACCCUUGCCCGGGCGCGACUUCUCCAGCCCCUCUCUUUCGGGCCAGUGAACUUCUCCCGGGAGCGUUCCCAAAUAAAGCUUGUUUAAGCUCUCCUCCGUUUUUGGUGCUGUUCCUUACAAUUUAGAAUUUAGAAGAGAAGUAAAAAAAGGUG